AUGGAUAAUACUAAGUUUUCCAGUGGCAGUCAAUGGCACCAAUGUCGGGCAGGAAUGCAGGCAGCGCGUGCACUAAAGUGGCAGACUGCGGCAACCCAAUUCAGCAAAGCGGGCAUCCCAUGGGACCACGUCACUAAUAUAGUCAGCCUAUGGCACCCAUGCAGUCCAGUGACAUGCUCAAACAAUCAACAGAUUUACUCGCACUAUUAUCCUUCAAGGAAGCCAUAUUAUGAUCCACUGGGGACAUUAAAUUCAUGGAAUGAAAGGGAGGAUUUUUGUAUCUGGAAAGGCAUUUUUUGUGGCAGCAGGCACCCCAACAGAGUAGUAUCAAUCAAUCUGAGGUCCCAAGGGUUGGUGGGUAAUCUUUCACCUUAUUUAGGCAAUCUCUCCUUCCUCAGAACCAUCAUUCUCCAAAAUAACACCUUCUAUGGUCAAAUCCCAGCUGAACUAGGCCGCUUAAAGCGGCUAGAAUUCGUAGAAUUCAGUAACAACUCUUUUGGUGGUACAAUACCAGGAAAUCUGUCUCAAUGUUCAAAUAUUUAUUACCUUAAUCUAAUUGAGAAUCAGCUCACUGGAAUCAUACCGCCUGAGCUAGGUUCUUUGCUGAAACUUGAAGCUUUAGGCUUGUCCAAAAACAAUCUUAUAGGAAAUAUCCCAGCUUUCAUUGGAAACCUUACAUCUCUCAGCCACCUUUCUUUGGCAACCUGUGGCUUCCACGGAGAUAUUCCGGAGUCAUUAGUCCAACUUCAAAGCCUGAUUUUCCUUCAAUUAUCUGGAAACAGUUUAACUGGUAAUGUUCCUUCUGGCCUUUUUAAUAUAUCCACUAUCGUUACACUUGGAAUCGCCUCUAAUCAACUUCAAGGAACCAUACUCCCAGAGAUUGGCUCUACACUUCCUAAUUUGAGAUUUCUUGAUGUGGGAAGCAACCAUUUUAUUGGAGCGGCUCCUUUUUCUCUGUCAGAUGCUUCCUUGCUCACAACUUUAGGUCUAUAUUCCAACAGUUUCACAGGGAUGAUGCUAAAAGAUUUUUCAAGGCUUUCAGGUCUUCAAUACUUCAUCUUCUCAUCUAACUAUUUUCAGGGCGAUUUCAGUUUUAUUUCACCGUUGACAAAUUGCACAAGUCUGGAAGUUCUUGUCGGGAGUAGCAAUCUUCUUGCAGGUUCUUUGCCAAACUCCAUUGUUAAUCUCUCCAGCAAUCUUGGCUACUUAGGCUUGUCUGAAAAUCAAGUGCAAGGAACCAUUCCUUCUGGUGUUGAGAACCUCCAUGGGUUAGCUUAUUUGGAUAUUUCUAACAAUGAUCUGAUUGGCAUGAUUCCUUCUGCAAUUGGAAAACUUACAAACUUGCAAGAAAUCUACAUGGGAAUAAACGGAAUCACAAGUGAGAUACCAUCUUCAAUUGGUAACUUGACUUUGUUAAACCAUUUAUCUUUGGAGAAAAACAAAAUUUAUGGAAGUAUACCACAGAGUCUCAGUAAUUGCAGCAACUUGUUAUCCUUGGAUCUUUCUCAUAACAAUCUCAGUGGUUCUAUACCUCAAGAAAUUAUGAGUCUUGCCUCAAUUUCAAUAGCCUUCAAUCUAUCCUACAAUGCAUUUACAGGGCCAAUUCCACAUGAUGUUGGUUAUUUGAUCAAUCUUAUAAACUUGGAUUUGUCUUACAAUGGAUUAUCUGGAUCCAUUCCGAACUCACUGAUGAGCUGCAUCAGUUUACAACGGCUUCAGCUGGAGGCAAAUUCACUUGACGGAGAAAUACCAAAAGGUCUUGGUUCUUUGAAGGGUUUACAGCACUUGGAUAUUUCUCAUAAUAAUUUGUCAGGGCCAAUACCAAUUUUUCUUGGUGAGCUGCCCCUGUUGAGACUGAAUUUGUCUUUCAAUAGGCUGCAAGGUAAAGUCCCAGUACUAGGAGUCUUUCAAAAUGCAACUGCUAUUUCAGUUAAUGGGAAUAAUGAGCUGUGUGGAGGCAUCUCAGAUUUAAAGCUCCCUCCUUGCUUGUCGACAAAUCCCAGGAAGAAAAAGUUUUCGACUCUAUUGAAAAUCUUAACACCGAUACUGAUUGCUGGAGGCGCACUAACUCUUUCAGGAUGUUUCUACGGAAUUCUCAAUGAUGGACAGACUCUGGUAGCAGUGAAGGUUCUCCGUCUCCAUGUCACUGGAGCCUCUAGAAGUUUUAUGGCAGAAUGCAAUGCACUAAGAGGUGCAAGACAUAGAAACCUUUUGAAAAUAUUAAGCAUCUGUUUGAGCACGGAUUUCCAGGGAACCGAUUUCAAGGCAUUGGUUUAUGAGUUCAAGGCUAAUGGAAGCUUGGAAAAAUUGCUGCACCAUGAUGAAAAUACAAGGAAUAUUACUUUGAUGCAGAGGCCGAACAUUGCCAUUGAUAUUGCAUCUGCACUUGAAUACCUGCAUUGUGGUACUGGUUCGAUUACAAUCCAUGGUGAUUUGAAGCCAAGUAAUAUACUUUUAGAUGAUAACAUGACUGCUUAUGUUGGUGAUUUUGGAUUAGCCAAAGUUAUUUCCAACAUUUCCAGUACAUAUCCAACACAUGACAGCAGCUCAAUUGCAAUCAAGGGGACCAUAGGCUACAUUGCUCCAGAUCAUGCAAAUCUUCAUAAUUAUGUAAGCAGCGCAAUACCUGGCAGAGUAAUGGAAAUUUUGGAUCCAAUAAUGCAACUAGAAAACAACAUUACUAGUAAGAUCAAGGAUUCUAUAGCUGGUAUAUUGGGUAUUGGAGUGGCAUGUUCAAAGGAAUUUCCUAGAGAUCGCAUGUCGAUUACAGAUGUUGACACUGAACUACACAGAACAAGAAGUGCAUGUACAGCUGAAGGCUUGAGGUAA